GAUUUCGGACUGUACAUAGUCAGCUUCCAUGUCAACCUCCAUGGUUCCUGAUUGUUCUGUUUUAUGACCCAGAAGGGUCUGAGAAAACGUAACCAUCCCGGAAACUCGUCUGUAACUUGGAUGACUGGUGGAGACUCUGUAUAAAAGCUGUGGAUCAUGGAGAGUCUGGGGGUCCUGCUCAUCACGGCCAACAUCGGCUCUCUGUGUGAUGAGCCAGAAGAACUUGAGAAAAGUUGGCUUCAGGAAUUCUAUAAGACAGUGCAGGACCACCAGUCUGUGUUCAUUGCUCUGCAUCUGCAGGAGUUCGGAGGCAAAAAUUAUCAGGAGAACAUGGGAUCCGCCGAAAACUUCAUCAGGAAGCUGAUGCAGAGCGAAGAGAUGUCUCAAUAUAAUUGUAUCCAAAGCUUCAUAGACAAAGACUUCAACCAGACGGAGAAGUUCACGGCACUGGCUUCUGUCUAUUUCAUCCACAGCUCCCUGCGUUGCGUUCAGAUCUAUGAUUUUCAAGAAAAGAACUUUGUGUCCAUCUCGGGCCAUACAAUGUGGAUGGGGUCACUUGAGGAUUGUCCCACUGUUCACAAGGAGAGAUUUCCCCAGGACUUCUGGCUGGAGUUUGCCUGGACUCGCAAGGGAUUCAUGAGGACGCGAUGGCUAGUCAAUGACCGGAUGUUCGAUCUUGUGAACCUUCACCUCUUCCAUGAUGCCUCCAACCUAGUGUCAUGUGACUGCUCACCAUCUGUGUACAGCGCCAACCGUAGAAGGGCUUUAUACCAUGUCCUGACCAGGCUAAAAGAUGACUGUAAUGCGCCAUUUUUCUUAUUUGGAGAUUUUAACUUCCGCUUGGACUUAAAAAGUCUCAUUCAGGCUCAAGGCUGGUCCUCUGGUGACACAGACGGGCACACUGCUGUGUAUGAACAGGAUGGAGAGGUUCAACUUUUAAUGAAAUGUAAAAGGUUUGAACAUCAAAACUCAAAAGUAUUUCAGGAUGACAAUGAGCACAUGCUGCUUAGAUUUGACCAUGAACCUAUCCCUUUCUUGAAUGAACUGACUGAGGUCCAAAUCUCCUUUCCACCUUCGUAUCCAUUCAGUGAAAAUGUGAGCAAACCUUCAGAGUUUAUGGGUACACGAUGUCCUGCGUGGUGUGACCGGGUCUUCAUGUCUCUCCCAGCCAGAGCCUUAUUGCACAAUGGUAAACAUGGAGAAGCCUCUGUACAGUAUGGGCGUAUUGGGGGAGAUAUCUGUAUGGGGGAUCACAAGCCGGUGUUCCUCUACUUUGAGAUGGAGACAGUCUACCAGACGGAAAAUUGACAGGUCAACCAAUGGAUCCCAGAUCAUCCUACUGCCAUAACAGUUCCAAGAGGGAUCUUUUUACUAGACACUAUUACCAUUUCACUUAUUUAAUUUUAUUUAAUACACAUCUUGUAUAAUCUUCUA